AUGUCGCGCGAUACCACCAAGAUCCCCGGUGUCGAAGAGAUGGCCAUCUUCACAUCCAGACACGAUCUACAAAAACAAGCCGACCCAACACCCGCGAUCCAAACCCAAGCAUUCAAAAAUCGCGUAGUGAUCAUCACAGGCGGCUCAGCAGGCAUCGGCGGCGCGUGCGCACUGCUGCACGCGCGCACUGGCGCGCAGCUCGUUCUUAUCGGCCGCGAUGCGGCAAAGCUCGAGGCGAAGAGGGCUGAGAUCGUCGGCGAGGUCCCGAGCGCGCGGGUCGAGCUUGUUCCGGGCGAUAUGGCCGAUGCUGCUGUACCUGAGAGAGCCGUUCAGACUGCACGCGAGGCGUUUGGACGCGUCGAUAUCGUCAUUGCGAAUGCGGGGCGCGUGAACUCGCCUAUCCACCGCAUCGGCGAAGGCAGCGCGCAAGACUGGCGCGACUCUAUAUCCAUGAACGUCUUCGGGACGUACGGCAUCAUCCACGCUGCGCUGCCAGAGCUGGAGAAGACGGGUGGGCAGGUCGUGUUCACGUCUUCCUCGGCCGCUCAUAUGCGGUGGAACGUGAGCUCGGAUUACACGCUCAGCAAGCACGUGCUGAAUAGGAUGAUAGAGCUCUUAUCGUACGAAUACCCGGCUCUCAAGUUCUACGCGGUGCAGCCGGGCGUGAUCGACACCGAGACCUGCCGCAACUUCCAAAACGCGGGGGACAUGCACUUUCCGAUGGUCGACAAAGCCGAGCACGUCGCUGCGCUGUACGUCUGGCUUACCAGCCGCAAGGCCGGGUUUUUGAGCGGGCGGUUCAUCGAUGCGACGUGGGAUCUGGACGAGGUGCUAGCUGCGAAGGAAGACAUCGAGCGGGAUAAUCUUCUCGUUACGAAGCUCGCUGGACCCGCGCCUCGAUCAGGCCAGCCUGAGAGCCGAAAGCAGAGCUUCGUAUCGCGGCUCGUGCACUGGUUUCAGUAA